AUGGCGAAGAUGAUGAUCAAUCACAACAGCAACGGAACCGAAACCGAGGAAAGACGAGUCACGGCGGGGGGAGAGAACAAAGGUGGGACACGUGGGCUGAAGAAGGGGCCGUGGACGGCGGCGGAGGACGCGAUUCUUGUGGAGUACGUGAAGAAGAGAGGGGAAGGCAACUGGAACGCCGUCCAGAAAAACGUCGGCCUCGCCAGGUGCGGCAAGAGCUGCCGCCUCCGCUGGGCCAACCAUCUCAGGCCCAAUCUCAAGAAAGGUGCAUUCUCUCACCAGGAAGAGAGAAUCAUCAUCGAACUUCACGCUAAGCUCGGCAACAAAUGGGCUCGCAUGGCUUCUCAGUUACCAGGAAGAACUGACAACGAGAUCAAAAAUUAUUGGAACACAAGAAUGAAGAGACGCCAAAGAGCCGGUCUCCCUCUAUACCCUCAAGAACUACACCAACAACAUCAACAACCACCACAACAAGUCCAAGAACAAGACCAAAUUGCACAUAAUGCCCAUUCUUCAUCUUCUAAUUCAUUUUCGUCCCUCCUUUCACAAAAUAAAGCCAAUCUCUCUCUCUACAACAACUUUUCCCACCACGCAAUAAACCAGAUCAAGUAUAACGUCACUGGUGGUGGUAGUUUCGGUUUGCCCAUUAAUUCCCGGGUUUCUCACUUGAGCCAAAAUGUCGCCCAUGCCCUCCCCAUCAUCCCCUCUUUUCAAUACAACCCCGGGGGCACUUUCGGUACUUUGAGUUCGAUGUUGACUUGGCCUCCAUAUGAUCCAGUGGGCCGAUUGAUGGUACCAGAGCUCCCUUCGACCCAAACGCCUGCGUCGUCGGAUGCGAGCGGUGUCGGAGGCGAUCAGGGCUUGAUGGGCCGGGCCGAGAUAAGCAGCAGUACUACGGCCCAUGAUCAGUGCUACGACUUUGUGUCUCAUGAGUCAAGAUUAGGGAAUAGCGGGCUGUUGGAUGAUUUGUUGGUGGAAGCACGGACUUUGUCUCGCAACGACAGAGCGAAGCAACGAAACGGCGUGACGUAUGACGAGGAGGAGGAGGAGGAGAAGGGGAAAAGCGUUGCUGGGGAAGAGUCCGUGGACGAAGAUGGCGACGGCUUUCCGUCGGAAUCGGUUUUGAAGAACAGCGGCGAGAGCAUUACUACUGGUGGUGAUGAUGAAAACUGGACGGAGAAUUUUAGCUCUUGUGAUCAGUCAUCAACUGGAAUAGAGCCAAGUGAGGAUCCAUUGGAUGUUAGUUCGAUGGACGAUGACUUGAUGAGCCUGCUCAACAAUUUUCCGACAUCAAUGCCGGUCCCCGACUGGUACCCUGGAGGCGGCGGCAAUCUCUCUGACAGGGAAACAUCUGCUGUGACUAGUGGCGUUGCGAGGCACGACGACGUCGUUCUUCCUCAAAAUGCUUCACCGAUACGAGCAGAUAAACCUGACCAAAGCUUGAAGUACUCCUGCUACUGGAACAACAUGCCCGGCAUAUGUUGA